GAAUUCCAAACUGGAAUGAGUUUCCUCCCGAUACGUCACUCUGGGAUAGGCUGCGAGCUAUCGAGCAACGCCGUCAGUCACCGGGGUUUCGGGCUCAUUACCUCGGCGUCUCGGAUGUUCCUGACAGUAUACCUCAGUAACAAUGACCAGCAUUUUACUGAGGUUCCCGUUACCCCGGAGACGCUGUGCCGGGAUGUGGUGGAGUUGUGCAAGGAGCCGGGGGAGUCUGACUGCCACCUGUCAGAGAUGUGGCGUGGAUCUGAGCGAGCUGUAGGUGAUGGGGAGAGGAUGCUGGAUGUGCUCCAACGGUGGGGACAACACAGGGCAGAGGUGCGCUUCUUUCUGCGUCACAAUCGAGCCCCUAGCAGGAACUCAGGUGGGUCAAGAGGCUCAGAGCCGAAGAGGAAUGGAGUGAAGGGUCCCCCAGACAGAAGAAUGGAGAAUGGGGUGAGUUUGACUCGGAUGGACAUGACGCUGGCUGAACUACAAGAGAUGGCUGCCAGACAGCAGCAACAAAUAGAAGCUCAACAACAGCUCCUUGCUUCCAAGGAGCAGCGGCUGCGCUACUUGAAGCAGCAGGAGCAGCGACAGCAGCAGCAGGCCUCUGAGCAGGAGAAGCUGCAGCGCCUCCGAGAGAACAUCGAGAACCAGGAAACUCGGCUCAAGAGUCGGGCCCUCAAGGGCCAGGUGGAGCAGAAGCGCCUGAGCAAUGGCAAACUGGUGGAGGAGAUAGAGCAGAUGAACAACCUGUUCCAGCAGAAGCAGAGAGAACUAGUGAUGGCUGCGUCCAAGGUGGAGGAGCUCAGCCGACAGCUGGACUUGCUCAAAAAUGGCAAAAUGGACAACUUCCAUGACAACCAGAGCUCUGUGGCUGAACUAGACCGCCUUUACAAGGAGUUACAGCUGAGGAACAAGCUCAACCAGGAUCAGAACACUAAGUUGCAGCAGCAGAGAGAGGGCCUGAACAAGCGCAACCUGGAGGUGGCUGCCAUGGACAAGCGCAUCAGUGAGCUACGAGAUCGGCUGUGGAAGAAAAAGGCAGCACUGCAGCAGAAGGAGAACUUGCCUCCUCAGAUGCCCUGGCAUUCAGAGCUCACCCAUGCCAAUAAUGGCUAUCCUGGUAAAGAGACUUCAAAAGACACUCAUCUUCAGGUGCCCUCAGAUGGCCAAGCUGGACAGCAGUCGGGUCCGUCUCGUGUGGCGGCGGUUGGCCCAUACAUCCAGUCAUCCACCAUGCCCAGGGGCCCAGUGAGGCACGACCUGCUUGUAAAACCAGCAUACCCGGACGGCACUGCCACUCUUCCAGCCCACGACCCACAGAGCAAGGCCAGCACAGCAGGAGCAGAGGAGUCUGGGACACCUGCUGGUUGUGAUGUCACUCUGAGCUCAGAAGAAGCCAUGUUCUUGCUUAAGCCUCUGAAAGAGCUGCGGGCUAAGAGAAAAGCGGGUCCCACAGGCCAUCAGCCAUCCAAGCUGGCAGACUGGGGCUCUUCAGGUCCAGAAUCCAACACCAAUGGUCAUGGUCCAGCUUCAACACUGCCACGAAUGACCUCUCACUCCAACUCUAACACAGAACAAGAUGACACGGAACUGAAGAGGGACAGGAAGGUGCGUCCAUUUUCCAUGUUCGAGCCAACUGAGGUUCCUGCCACCUCCCUCCGCAAAAACCAGAGCAGCGAUGAUCUGGUCAGGGACGCUCAGUCGGCUCCCAAAGCUCCAGUCAAGGUACCUCCUCCUGUUCCCACCAAACCAAAAGGCCCUGGUGUCGUGCCCUACGGCAAACAAGGUCUCAACACAGGCACCUUCCCUAAAACCAAGCCCCACAGCCAGCAGCCCCAGGCUGCUCAGGGCCGCGGCCCUCUCCCGCCCUCACAGAGCCAGACACUCCCCUUACCCUCCAAGCAGGACACUCCACCUGCAGCCACAGUACGGCCGUUCACCCCAGAGCUGCCCUCCUCCAAAGACGCCAGCCUGAGUAAGCCCCAGACCUUAGCAGCCAGCUCCAUUUACUCCAUGUACACGCAGCAGCCUGGUGUGCAGGGCGCUCUCAACAGGUCUCAGAACCGCACCAAUGGAUUUGUCAGUGUGUACGGUAAACCAGUGAUUCCCAGUGGCAGCUCCCUACAUCCAGACAAUCCUUACGUCGACCGCCGCUCCCCUGCCCUAGAAUCUGAGGUUGAUCACAAUGGAGCCAACAACGUGGGUCCCAGCCAAUCCGAGGGCCCCCAACCAGAAACAGAGCGCAUCCCCCGGCCCCUCAGCCCCACCAAGCUGCUUCCCUUCAUUUCCAACCCCUACAGGCAUCAGAGUGAUGGUGACCUGGAGGCCCUGAGGAAGAAGCUCUACAAUGCCCCAAGGCCGCUGAAGAAACGCAGCUCCAUCACUGAACCAGAGGGUCCCGCAGGGCCCAACAUUCAGAAACUCCUCUACCAGAAGACCACACUGGCAGCUAUGGAGACUGUGACUACACCAAACACUCCUACUUAUGCUGGUGAAGCAGAGGCCGCGGAGGGAUCUAUGGGGCAGCAUGUUCCCAGCUCUCUGAGUGGUGCAGAGAACCACCCAUCAGAGACAGGACAGACUCUAGAGGAAGGGCAGCUCCCAUCUCAAAUCCCAGGUGCUAAUGUUCCCGCUCCAGCCCCUGCUGAACACACCAAACCACCUUUAGCUAUCCCAGAGAGUGAGGACAUUAUCCCCCCUCCGCCCCCAUCCCACCCAGCCCCAAGGCCAGAUGACGCUCUUUUCCCACCACCACCCCCUGCUGGCUUGGAGGACGCAAUGUCCAACCUGCCCCCUCCGCCUCCAGAAGGCUUCCUGGAAGAGUUCCCGCCCUACCCACCCCCAUACCCCAGUGGAGCAGAGCAGGACAGCUUGGGCGAGGACACCUUUAACAUGAAGGCACCUGAGAUCACCGGCCAGGUCACUCUGCCACCGGGAAAGAGGACCAACUUGCGCAAGCCCAACUCUGAACGCAUCGAUCACAGCAUGAGAGUGAAGUUCAACCCGCUGGCUCUGCUGCUGGACUCUUCUCUGGAGGGAGAGUUUGACCUGGUCCAGAGAAUCAUCUAUGAAGUGGAGGAUCCCAGUCAGCCCAACGAUGAAGGCAUCACUGCUCUACACAAUGCUGUCUGCGCCGGGCAUACAGAGAUUGUCAAGUUCCUUGUUCAGUUUGGUGUCAACGUCAAUGCUGCUGACAGUGAUGGCUGGACACCUCUUCACUGUGCUGCAUCCUGCAACAACGUGCAAGUGUGCAAGUUCUUGGUGGAGUCCGGUGCAGCGGUGUUUGCUAUGACUUACAGCGACAUGCAAACAGCUGCUGAUAAAUGUGAAGAGAUGGAGGAGGGUUAUACCCAGUGCUCUCAGUUCCUCUAUGGUGUGCAAGAGAAGAUGGGCAUCAUGAACAGGGGCGUGGUCUACGGUCUGUGGGACUACAGCGCUGAAAACCCUGAUGAACUGAUGUUCCGCGAGGGAGACUGCAUGACCAUCGUGCGCAGAGAAGACGAGGAUGAGAUUGAAUGGUGGUGGGCACGCAUGGGUGAAACUGAGGGUUACAUCCCCCGCAACCUUCUAGGGCUCUACCCCAGAAUAAAGCCAAGACAGAGAACCCUGGCUUAAAACACAAAGAUGCCUGCACAUUCCAGUCUGCCAGAACUCUCCAAAACACACACACACACACACACACACACUCAUAUACACACAGGCUUUACAGACUGGGGAAGAGAAGGACACUGCUGAAAUGAAGAAACAAGGACAGACCAAACAAUAUGAAGGAUCAACUAUGAACUCUUUUUCGCACUUUUUUUUCUGUAUCUAAAACAGAGGGAUUCUCUCUCGUUUAUUUUUCCAGGCUGCACUGUGUGUACUGUGUACUUAAGACACUAUUGGCAUUGUUUUCCUUUAUUCCACUGUUUUUGUAAUUAGUGUCUGAAACUAUUUCUAAACUGACAGAUACACUCAAACAUUGGGAUGUAAAUGGAACAAGCAGUGUUUUCUAUUGCUAGACAGUAAUUUUUACACUUUUGAAUAGUCUUUUAAAAACGUGUUUUUCUGGGCUACUGGUCGUUUUCUAACACACUUGGGGCUCUGCAUUGCAUGAGGUGAAUGAGUGGAUGAUGAUGAUGAUGAUGAUGAUGAUGAUGAUGCGUUUGAGAUGCUCUGUCACCAUGACAAUCUUUGGGGGGGCUUGUUUCUCGUCAUCUGUUGAGUGACUACGCCUCUGUAUACCUGUACUGGAGGUGUGGAGCUUCAGUUGUGACCGCCACUGUUCUGCAUAAACAAAUGAUUGGUGGUAAAAGCUUUUGAUUGAUCUAUUGCUGUUCAUUCUGUGGUCUAUGAUACCCCGAGAGCCAGUCUGUUUCCUGCAUCGGCACAUGGUUGAGAUGCCAUAGAUACUGUGUAUACACAUAUUUCUGUCACAGAAAAUAGUGAAAAGUUACUGUAGGAAUGAUAUCGUUAUGAAAAUGGACUUUCAGACUCUUAGGAGGCACUUUGACCAGGAAGAUGUCAUGCAAGUAUGAAUUUAAUAUUUUAUCACAACCAUGUCCUGACCAUACAGCAGUGUAAGAAGGCAAGUGCAGUACCAGAAAUCUUGACUUUUUGUAAUAAUCAGCAAAGCGAUGAUGACACUCUAGUGUACAGUCAAAUAAAAAAAAAAAAAAAAAAGGAA